UAUAAGUAGUCUGGAUAUACCAUUAUAAAAUAGGAUGGCAGAAGGAAAUGGAAGAGAUCUACCUGAAAAUAGUGAAGCAACAUGGGCGUUGGCUGUUUGGAAGGAGCAGGGUGAAGAGGAGGAGGGAACUUUACCACUCUCUUGGAUUGGAGAGAAACACAUCAUGUGGCCACCUGGCACCAAUGUAAAAAGGUUAAUGAAAGAGAUGAAAAAACCAAGUGACAACUGGAUGAAGUUUGAGUUGGUAAAAAUCAAGUUUAAAUCUAACAAAAGAAAAGAAUGUGAAGAUUAUGACUUUACCACUACAGCUGAAUUAUCUCCUGAUGAAGCUGAUAGUGAUCAUGGGAAAAAAAGGAUACUUAAGAAAAAAGUGUUCCAAGACUUUAUUACAGAAAUUGGUAAUGAAGAAGGCACAAAAGCUACUGAUAAAUCAGUUGGAGCAUCUAAAAAUGGAAAAAAUAAGGAUAAGGGUGAAAGUCAAGCUACUGUUCCAAGAAACCAAGAAAAAUCUUCAUCAAUGCCGAAGCCUCCCACAAAGUUAAUUGAAAGAAACGCACAGUGCAAAGAAUUGGUUACAGAGAAGAAGAGUUCCAGUCAGACUUCUAACCACAGAGAUUCUAGAUCGCCAUCAAAAAAAUUGAGUUCCAGUCAGACUUCUAACCACAGAGAGUCUAGAUCGCCAUCAAAAAAAUUGAAGUCUACAAAUACAUUGAAGUCCACAACAAGACCAUCUACCAGGCAAGAAUCACCACCAUUUCGUCAGAAGUCAAUAUCUCGAUCACCACUUAUCACACAGAGGUCCAGAUCAUGA